AUGUAUAUAAAUAUUCAUUCUCAUUAUUCAUUUUUAUUCUUAUUGUUAUUAUAUUUAUCAUUUAUUUGUUGUGAACGUUCACCAUUACAAAUUGAAAAAGACACAGCUGUCUAUCAAUUACUUAAUCAUUAUCAUCAUUAUGCUGAAUUAAAAGAACUUUUAAAUAAAUGGACAAGUGAUUAUACUAAAAUAUCACAAUUAUUUAGUAUUGGACAAAGUAAUGGUGGUAAAGAAUUAUUUGUAAUGCGUCUUACUUCACCUAUUAAUACUAAUAACGAUGAUGAUGAACAUGAUGAAUUACAAGUAUUAAAGCCAAAAUUUAAAUGGAUUGCAAAUAUGCAUGGUGAUGAAACAAUUGGACGAGAAAUGAUGAUUGCUUUAAUAUAUUAUUUAUUACUUAAUUCAAAAUCGGAUUCACGUAUUAAUCGUCUUCUAUCAACAACAGAUAUUUAUAUAAUGCCCAGUAUGAAUCCGGAUGGUUUUGAAAAAUCGAUUGAAAGUUCAUGUGAAACAAUAGGUGCAGCAACUCGAGGAAAUUUAUUUGGUGUUGAUCUUAAUCGAGAUUUUCCAUCACAAUAUCAAACAUUAAAACCAAUUAAUAAUGGUACAAUUGGUGAUCUUUUUUAUGGACGACAACGUGAAACUAUUGCUGUUAUGAAAUGGAUAUUAAAAGAAAAUUUUGUUUUAAGUGCAAAUUUACAUGGUGGUUCACUUGUUGCUUCAUAUCCUUAUGAUGAAACAAGUCUUCAUAAGGAAAAUACAUAUGGAAUGUCACCUGAUGAUUCAUUAUUUCGUUUUAUAGCACGUACUUAUGCUAAUAAACAUUUAACAAUGACAAAAGGUCAAGGAUGUGCUUCAGAAUUUCCUGAAGGAAUAACAAAUGGUGCUAAAUGGUAUGAUGUAUCAGGUGGUAUGCAAGAUUUUAAUUAUUUACAUAGUAAUGCAUUUGAAAUAACUAUUGAAUUAAGUUGUUGUAAAUAUCCAUCAUCAAAAGAUGGUUAUCUUGAAAAAGAAUGGGAUAAUAAUAAAGAAGCAUUAAUUGCUUAUAUGGAAUUGAGUCAUCUUGGUAUUAAAGGUUUUAUUCGUGAUGCACAAGCACGAAUAGGAAUAUCUGGAGCACUAAUUCAAGCAGAAGGUAUUCUUCAUCCAGUUCGUAGUAUUCGUUCUGGAGUUUAUUGGCGUUUAUUAUUACCUGGUUUAUAUAAUGUUACAGUUACAGCUUCAGGAUAUUUACCACAGACAAAAUAUAAUGUAAAUGUAACAAAUGACAAGACAAGUGCACUUCGUCUUGAUUUUGAUUUACAACCAGGUACACAAGAUAUAGCAUUCUCUAAGCAAGAUGUAUUAUCAACAAAUAAGAUUUAUGAGGAAUUAUCAAAUUAUUCGCAAAAAUUAAUGACUAAAUCUCGUGAUGAAAUACUUAAUCUUUUAAUUGAACCAUCAGAUAAAUUUCAAUAUCAUAAUUAUGAAUCAAUGAUUAAAAAAUUAAAAGAAAUCAAUAAUAAAUAUCCAAAUAUAACAAGUUUAUAUACAAUUGGAAAAAGUGUUGAAAAACGUGAUCUAUGGGUUAUAAUUAUUAGUGAUCAACCACUUAUACAUGAACCAGGUGAACCUGAAGUUCGAUAUGUUGCAAAUAUACAUGGUGAUGAAAGUGUUGGACGAGAAUGUUUAAUACGUUUUAUUGAAUAUUUAUGUCUAAACUAUAGAAAAAAUGAUUAUAUUACAAAACUUAUUGAUAAUGUUCGUAUUCAUAUAAUGCCAACAAUAAAUCCUGAUGGUUUUGAAUAUGAAUAUAAACAAACAAAACAUGUUGUUGGAGAUGGUCGUUUAAAUGCAAAUAGAAUUGAUUUAAAUAAUAAUUUUCCUCAAAUUGAACUUGAACAUUCAUCAAAAAAAGAUGAAGCUAUACCAAAAAAAGAAUAUAAUAAUAAUGAUAAUAAUCUUGAUAAAUUUACUAAAAAACAAAAUGAAUUUCAACCUGAAGUUCAAGCAGUUAUACAUUGGUCACUUAUAUAUCCAUUUGUUUUAUCUGGAAAUUUACAUGGUGGUGCACUUGUUGCACAAUAUCCAUUUAAUAAUCGAAUAAAAAAUUCAAUAAAUACAGAAAGUAAAUCACCAGAUGAUACAACAUUUAAAAUGUUAGCUAAAGCAUAUUCACAAGCUCAUAGAAAAAUGUAUGAAGGUAAUGCAUGUGUAAUAUUUAAUAAUGGAAUAACAAAUGGUGCUUCUUGGUAUGUUAUUGAAGGUGGUAUGCAAGAUUGGUCAUAUGUAUUUACAUCUGAUAUGGAAAUAACAAUCGAAUUAGGAUGUGAUAAAUAUCCUGAUGAAAAUAAUUUACAAACUUAUUGGAAUGAUAAUAAAGGAGCUUUAUUAGCUUUUAUUACUCAGGUUGUUUAUGGUAUUCGUGGUUUUGUAUUUGAUUCAAAAACUAAAACACCUUUAUCAGGUGUAAUAAUUCAUGUACAUGGUAUUCAACAUAAUGUAACAACCUAUCGUGAUGGAGAUUUCUUUCGUUUAUUAUCACCUGGUAUAUAUGAUAUAACAGCUGAACGUAUUGGAUAUGAAUCAGAAACGAAAUAUAAUAUUUUUGUAACUAAUCAAUCAUCAACAUAUAUUGAAUUUAAAUUAAAUCGUAUAGAAUUCUAUGAUAAUAAACAAAACUCAUCAGUAAUAAAAAUACUUUAUAAUCAAUCAAAAGCAUUUAUUCAUCGUCCAGUAUUCUUUCUUACUAUUACCAUUAUUUGUGUUUUAAUUUUCUCUAUGCUAUUUGGUAUAGUUAUUUUCUAUAUACGACGACGUCGUUCACGUUCAUCAUAUCAUAUAUUUACUAAUUCUCAACCAUAUGAACAAUUAACUCAAGAUGAUGAUAAUGCACCAUUGGUUCAUCAAACUAAUGGACAUAAAAUUGUUCGAAAUACUCAUGCCAAUCCAAGUGAAUCGGAAGACAAUGCUGAUGAAGAAACAUUAUUUUCAGUGAAAAAUGAUGUACCAAUGAUUGUUUGA